AUGGAACCAACUACUAGUACAGAGCCAACACCAUCGCAACUCCAGCAACCACAGGAAGAACACAAGACAGAAGUUGCCGCGGAGCCAACCGAAGGAGCAAAACCGGAAGGGGGAGAAGUCAAGCAGGAAGAGACAAAGCCAGCUGAAGAGCCAAAACCGGAAGAGGAGGAAAAGACUGAAGAGGAAAAACCUGCAGAAGCGACGGAUGCCUCGUCUGCUCAACCAGCUACUACUGCUUCUGCCUUUGAAACCCCCGCUCCUACGUCUGCUGCUGCUGCAGAGGUCCCUCCACAACAAACUGUGCCUCCGGCCCUGCUGGAAGGUUGGCAUGAAACUCAGGAUCCGUCAACCGGACAGGUUUAUUAUUAUCAUGUGGAUGGAAGGACCUCGUGGGAGCGACCAGUCGCACCAGAACAGAAACCUGUGGAAACGCCUCAGCCGCUUCAAGUUGACCCCAUCACGACACCUGCAAAAGUCGAUCCCGUCACCACGGCAUUCUCGCCUUCGACAACGGCUGCGGCCGCCAUGGCAUUCGGGACGCCGGCUGCGCAACAAACGGUAAAUCCGCCCCAAGGAGUCAUUAGCUUUAGUAGUGGAGCCCCCACGGUGCUUUCUCCUUUGGCCGAGGGACAGCCGCCAGGUGCCGCGACACCGGCUGCGAGCAAUAUCUUUGCGGCGCCGCCAUCGGGAGGAAUGACACCGUUCGGUGGGGUUGCGUCCUCCGAAGUCUUUUCGUCGCCCACUAUGCCAUCCCAGGCACCAAUCAGCAAUGACAUGAGAGCAUCUACGGAGCCAAAUGUGGCUUCUGCCGGAGCCUUUUCUUCCAUCCAGAAAGCACCGAACAGUGGUGCAGCGGAUUUGUUUGCAUCGCCUCCGUCCGGAGGCGUUUCUUGGUCUUCUGCUGCGAAUACUACCAUGGCAGAUGCUCCUGCUGUAGCACAACCUGCAGCCGUUACGUUUGCGCCAGCCACCAGUGGCCACGUCUCGCCCAUGCCAAACCAGGAGGCCAAGCCGGC